AUGUUCGUACGAGACCGAGCCGGAGCCCGAAUAGAGCAUCCCCUUCCAGUCGGCGGUCGCGCGGCGCUGCACCGCUUCGACCCCAUAACGCCGUCGAACUGGCGCUGCGAUUCGAAGUUGAUGAAGGCCGCCGAAGCCCGUGCCUGCGCUGCCAGCGCGCCCCAACGGGCCCGCCAGAAACCGGCCAGCUCAUAUUGGCUGUGGUCGACGCGGUUGACCGCCGAGCCUUCAUUGUCGCGCCCUUCAGCCGCGCACGUCAUAGCUGCGCGUCGAACGCGUGCCUUUGGACGAGUCCCAGCCCAGCGGGCUCAGCCAAUAGCCCCAUUUGCCCUCUUCGCUGAACUCGCCGGCCGGCUCGCGGAGCUGGGCGGCGGCGGUGCGAGGCGAGCGUCACGCCCUCGAACACGCCGCCGGCAUGGUUGGGCAGCAUCUGCUCGAUCGCGCCCCGGAAGGCCGCACCGUCGUAGAUGCCCCGGAUCGAGUCGGAGAGCUUGGCAUCGCUGCCGAUCGCGGCGUCGAUCGCGUCGAAAGGCGCUGACGCCGGCGUUGCUCAACCCUAAUUCGGUCUUCGCCUUGCGGCUGACCUCGACCGCGAUCUCAUUGGGUUGGCUGGCGACGAUCGCGCCCUUGUAG